GGGGCUUUGCCGGUGUUUCAUUCAUUUACGGCGUUGGCAUCGAGACGAGAGAUACCGAGUACCGGGACUGCAGGAAUUUGGACUUGAGUGUGAGCGGGAGAGGGUGGGCCGUAUAGGUGGGGGUGACGGAGUCGCAUUUGGACAUUUUUGCAUGUUCGUUAUCCGGUAGUGGGAAUACAGGUGUUUAUAGCUGGAGUAUCUUCGCUGAUUUCAGAAGAUCCUCGCGGAGUUACUGCUACCUUGCAUGCAGUGCCUAGAGGAAGAUUUCAGAAUCCCAAGUUUUUUGGAUCAGACAAAAACGCCUGAAUGAAAAGCACGGCUACCAUGAUCAAGGAAAACCGUUGGAACAUUCCUCCAAAUGCACCCGCGUGUAUGGAAAAGCACUUGGACUCGGUACAUUACAGGCCAGAUGGUACCCUCUUGUUGGGGGCCUCCAGCCUUACGGGCAGGUGCUGGUUGGGCUCUAUCUGGGUGUACAAGGACCCGAGGAAGGCGCCCAACGAGGGGUACUGCAAUGCCGGGGUGCAGACGGAGGCCGGGGUCAGCGAGGCGAAGUGGCUGUCCGGGAAGAGCAUCCUGCUGGCGUCAGAUUCGGGUGCUGUGGAGCUCUGGGAGCUGUCGGAGGACGAGAGCCUCUUGGUCAACAAGUUCAGUCGCCACGAGCACGAUGACAUCGUCACCAGCGUCAGCCCCGUGGCCGGGGGGGAGCAGGUGGCCAGCGGCAGCAUGGACGCCUGCAUCAAAAUGUGGGACCUUGCUCAGCAAACGGUUGUCAACACACACAAGGGUCACGCCGGGUCUGUAAUCUGUGUUUCCUGCAGUCCCACAGACGAAUCACUGAUGCUGUCCUGUGGGCAGGAUGGACGCUUGCUGCUCUGGGACAACAGGAAGCCAAAGCCUGCAGCUCGAUUAGAGGUUGUGGCCCCCAGCUGCCGGCCCAUUUGCAUAGCCUGGCACCCACAGCAGAGCAACAUAUUUGCCUACGGUGACGAGCUGGGGCGCGUGACCCUGAGGGAGCUCCAGGAGGGCGGGAGCACCCAGACUGUGAGCCCCCACAGCCGCAGGAUCUCUGGCCUGGCCUACUCCACACACAGUGCCCCUCUUCUGGCCUCCGUGAGUGACGACUGUUCCGUCGCGGUGCUGGAUUCGGAGCUGUCGGAAAUCUUCAGAGACCGGAGGCACCAGGACUUUGUGAGAAGUGCAUGCUGGGCUCCUGGAGGUUCGGACACCCUGACCACGGUGGGCUGGGAUCACCAGGUCUUCCACCACAGCGCGGGACAGGCCCAGCCUGCCUCUGUAGCCUCCACCUCGCCCCCUUAACCCCAAAAUGGGGGUGGGGGUGGGGGUGGGGGUCGGGGUUGGUGGGGGUGGGGGGCAGCGUGGGUGGAGGUCACCAGGCAACAGGCUUCAGGCACAGAGAACUGGCCAUUGAAGAGGGCGAGGCUUCGCAGCUUCAGUCCAGUAGGUCCGUCACCCAGCACGGGGGCUUUCUUGUGUCAUUGUUUUAGGGUACCUCUGUUUCUCCAGCUUCUGGGCAGGUGGAGAAAGCGAAUGAGAACUCAUCCAAUCAGAUUCUGUAGCAGUCGGGCGUGGCCAGUUUAAGGAAACGAGGCACUGCUGUUGAACCCUUUAGCAACGCACCGACUCUGCACUCCUUCAGUAAGUAGCCAGUUGUAGAAAUAUAUAAUGUAUAAAAAAAAGCUUGCCUGGACAAAGGCAUCUGCCAAGGAAAUGAUGAUGAUGAUGAUAAUAAUAAUAAUAAUAAUAAUAAUAAUGAGGAUGAUGAUAAUGAUGAUAACAGUAAUUGAUGGAUAACAUUAAUACCAGUAAGGGCUGAGGCAACAUAGUGCAGGUAUGGCCAGGCUGCUGUAAUUUUGGUUUGGCGCUGUCCCUCAGCAGUGUGAUUUUCCUCACACUGCAGCCCAAGCCUUUGCCCUCUGUGAAAUGGCCUUGAGCUCCAUGCAGAAAAUCAAGUGUGAAAUGGCAGCUAUCGCGCCAAAAAAAAAGGAUUACAUCGUUGCGUCAGAUUUAUUCCGGCGACUGUUCAAUUUGUAGCUUCCUCAAAAGUACUUGAUGGGAGUGAGGGCGUGUUCAUAGCCGCUGAACUGGAGGAGUCGUUGUGCUAGUGACCCCGAGGGUCGACGCUCGAGUGCCUCUUUCCUUCCUUCCCGUUUGCCUUAAGUCAAACCUGGCCGAGCUCCUCAAACCUAUGCCUCCGUACUCUGUGUCUCAGACAUCGACGCUCCACAGCAGAGAGUCUCUAACCUACGGCAUCUGGCCAGUAAAACACCUCUCUCUCUCUCUCUCUCUACUCACCUGAUCCAAACGGUUUUGUUCAGAAAAGCCAUUCGCUGCCCUGUGUGUGUACAUGUCUGGUGUCUCUACUCUAAGGCCUGGAGCCUAAUGGCAGUAUAGUCCAUUGUGUUCAUUUUUUCCCCCUGUCCUUUUAAUAAAGUUUGUAUCCGUA